UCAACAAAAAGAUGCGCUCAACGUUUCGUCUAACUCUCAGAUAGCCCCUUUCUUAAAAACAAUAAUAAGGGACAAAGUACAGGUUUACGACAACAAAAAAUAAAAAAAAAUCCUAAACACUAAACCAUUUUUCCCUUUUCCAUAUGAACCCUUCUUCACCUGCAACGAUUGACGGCAUUGAUCGUGUCUCUUCUCUAUUGAGUUCAAGCACUUCUCAAGAAAAUGCGUCCUUCUUUAGUUACAGAGGCCAUGUCAUCCGCCGAUGAGUGGUUUUGGGGAGAGAGUAAUGCUGCCUGAGAUAAGCUUCUCACCUUCAACAAUGUCGGCCGAGGAUUUCCCUUUUUUCCUUGUUUGGAUGAAUUUCAAAUUUGCAGGACAUCAAAUGUUGAUCGGGAUUCUUACUUGCAGUUGUUGAUAGAUGACCAUAACUGCACGACCCUUCUGUGGACGGCCCACAGCCGCCGACCGUCGCUGGUUGAGGGCAGGAGGCAGUCCAGCGCUGGACGGCCGGCGAGUCGACUUUCGCUGGCCGCCAACAACGAUGACUCCCUGCCCGACGGUGUUCUGCGAUCAUUGGCUCGAAGAAUAAGCAGUUUGAGAGUUUUACUAAAACGUUAGGGGCUCCUGUGUUGAAGCUCAAACUUUAGGGGCUUAUUCGUUAAUAGCCUGUAUGUUAGGCGUUAGUUUGUAAUUUAUAACAUAUUAAGCAUAAGGAACGUCACCCUGUUACUCAAUUGAUUUGGUUUAGCUCUGCGAGGUGUAACAUAGUUUUGAGUUCAGUUCUGAUGAAUGCGACUCCUUUAAACUGGGCUUUCAUCUAACCGCCGAUUGAAUUUGAUAGCAGACCGCCAUUUGACCAGAAUCUUCAGCUUCACGGCGACUUCAAUGAUAUACUUGUCGCCAUCAUCCCAAGGGGCAGUUUCAUCGCCCGCCGGUCCAUUUUUGCUCACACCAAUGACUUCCUCUUCCGCCAUGGGGUCCAACAGCCCAAGCCCAUCCAUUCACAGCUCAGGGCCGCUGGAGAGCCCGGGAAUGCAGCCAAUCUCUUGGCUUCCUCCGCGUACUCCCCCCACCAACCAAGCUUCCAUGUGGAGCAAGAGACUCCGCACCCGAUCACGUGGAACGCCGCCAUUAGAGCCUCCCUCCGAAGCCAAGAUCCCCACGACGCUCUUCUUCUCUACCAUCAAAUGCUGACCCAUGGCUUCGUCCCUGACAAGUAUGUCUUCACUUCUGUGGUCAAGGCUUGCUCUUCCAUGGGUUCUGCGUUUGUGGAAGGAGUGGCCGUCCACGCGCAGAUCCUCGUCUCUGGUUUUGGUUGCGACCCGUUCGUGGGCAGUGCCUUCCGGGUGCGGCCGUCUUCGUGCUGCACGCGGAGUGUUUGAUGGAAUUUCUGAGAAGGACGCGGCCACAAGGACGCCAAUGUUGGCUGGGUACGUGGAGAAUGCACGGACAUGUAAAACAAUUCUUCUUCCUUUUAUAGGUAAACAUACUUCCAGCCCGAUUUCUUCCGAAGGUGCACGGACAGGUGGGCAUCAAUGUUAUGAAAGGUGAUCAUGCAAGUAUUGCAGAUCCGAUGAUUUAUGGAAGCUACAAUGAUGCGUCACUCUUGAUGAUUGCGAAAUAGGCAGAUAGUGCACUCACAAUAGGAAAUCAAUCGAUCAAGUAUGCACAGGGUGGUGAACGGAUUAAAAGAAGCUAUAUAGCAUUAUGCAAUGCAAAGUCCAUGCUUUGUUUUCAGAUAAUAUCCAACAGCGAUCAGAUUUAUGGAUAUUGUGUGGAUUCUUGUUGGUGUUUGAUAAUAUAACUGGAGGAGGUCUCCGGUUCAAGUCCCACUUAGAAGGCAGAGCCAUGUCACGAUUGCAUUCCAAUCGUUGUAUUUUAAUUAUAAGUUAUUCCUCGUAAAUGUAAAGAAUAGACGACAGAAAUUUCUUUGA